AUAAUGAUGGUCCUUGUUCUUUCCCUUAUACUUCAUUGUUGCUCAUCUCCCUCCUAUCAACCUCCUCUUGUUUAAUGAAGCUCCGUUCUUGAAUAUUUCAUUGUGUACUCCUAAAUCCCAUGAAUUCGCAAGAGGCCCCUUCUCCCGGAUCCCCAACGCCUUCAAACUCGCUGCAGAAUAGUAACAGCCUGCUUGUACUUAUACCGGAUAGGAUUAACGUAGAAGAGGAGGCUCGUUUGUACGACGAAAUCUGCGACACUCCAGAUUAUAGAGAGCGGUCACCCUCUCCAGUCGGUGCACCUUCGGUAUUCUCCAACGAUAUAUGGCUAGCAGAUAAUUCAGGAGAGAGCCAAGCAUUCUCUCGUGAAGUGAAAGUCUGCGGCUGGACAAGUGUUGGAGAUAAACUUGGAGGAGCGUACAUUGUGUACGACUGUGCCAUUCACACGAAAGAGGGAACGGUCAUACAUGCGUUGAAGCGUUAUAGCGCCUUUGCAGAGCUCCAUGCGAAGCUACGUGCUACGCUACCGCCUAGUUAUCAGCGGUUUCUGCCAACUCUUCCUCCGAAGUCACCUUGGUCGAAAUUUCGCCCGUCUUUUCUGGAGCAACGUAGGCAAUUGCUCGAACAUUGGAUCUCCUCUGUCCUAUUACAUCCCGAUAUCGGAGGUUGCAAGGUGGUUCGGGAUUGGGUCAUGGAAUAAUUCACUCUACGCAUACUUUCCGAAACACGUCGUCUAUUAUGUAUUGAUUGUACUCAUUGUACUCAUAUAUUUGUGUUUCAUUGGAAGGACUUUCAUUAUCCGAUUCGUGUUAGAUAUUCACUUUGCCAGAGAAUAUAUCCUCUUUGCUUCCGAGGU